ACCCGACAAGGGUCCAUCUGCACAACCACAAAACCCACCAUAACUCAGUGGACACGGCUACGUCGAUCCGGCAGGGGCCUUUUUCCCCCAUAAGUCCUCGCCAGAACCGCGUACCACGCUCUCCGCCUCGUACUCCCCAAACCACCUCCAAAAUGGCUAAAGAACACCACCUCGACGCCCUAGUAAUCGGCGCCGGCUUCGGCGGCAUCUACUCCCUCUACUCCCUCCGCAGAGAAGGCCUGAAAGUCAAAGCAAUCGAAACAGCCCCUGACGUCGGCGGAACAUGGUACUGGAACCGGUACCCGGGUGCUUUAAGCGAUACAUGGAGUCAUCUGUACCGCUUCCUCUUCGAUCGUGAACUACUACAAACCUAUCCCUGGAAGAAAUGGUACCUUACUCAACCCGAGAUACUAGAAUAUCUACAACACGUAGUGGAAAGGUAUGAUCUGAGGAAAGACAUGCAGUUUGGGACGACGAUGCGGUCUGCGAUCUGGAGCGAGGAGACGAAGACCUGGACGGUGAGGUGCGAUACCGGGGAUGUGUUUUAUGUUAAGUACCUGUUCACGGCGCUGGGGUUGCUGGUUAAGGCGAAUUACGCUGGUAUUCCCGGUCGGGAUGUCUUCAGGGGGGAGAUUCAGCAUACCUCGUCGUGGAAUCCGGAUGUGAAGCUUGAGGGCAAGCGGGUUGGCGUCAUCGGGGUCGGGUCAUCGGGUGUACAGGUUGUCACUGCUAUCGCGGACACGGUGAAAUCUCUGCAUGUUUUCAUCCGCCGGCCGCAGUAUAGUGUUCCCUCGGGGAACAGGGAGGUUACGGCCGCGGAACGGGAGCUGGUGAAUAGGAACUAUGCGGCUAUUAUCACCGAUGCACGGACAUCGACGUUUGCGAUGGGGAUGCCGGAGCCGAACAGACCGUUCAUGUCUGUGGCGCCUGCGGACAGGCAGGAGAUGCUCGAGGAGCUCUGGGCGGCUGGGAACGCGUUCCGGUUUAUGUUUGGUGGGUUUUCGGAUCUUGUUGUUGAUGAGGCGGCGAAUGAUGAGGUGUGCGAGUUUAUCCGGGGCAAGAUUGCGGGGAUAGUGAAGGAUCCGCAGAAGAGGGAGGUGCUUACGCCGCGGGAGCUGUAUGCACGGCGGCCGCUUUGUGAUGAUGGGUAUUAUGAGAAGUUUAAUCGGGAGAAUGUGUUUGCGGUUGACGUGAAGAAGGAUCCUAUUACGGACAUUGUGGCGGAGGGGAUACGCACGGCGGAUGGGACUGUGUACGAGCUGGAUGUGAUUAUCUUUGCGACUGGGUUUGAUGCAGUCGAUGGGUCGUAUGCUAAGGUUGAUAUUCGCGGCCGGGAGGGUACAAAUUUGUAUGAUAUGUGGAAGCCUUCUGGUCCCAGCUCGUAUGUCGGGGUGUCUGUGCAUGGCUUCCCGAAUCUACUGCUGGUGAACGGGCCGCAUAUGGCUUUUGCCAACAUCCCCCCGGCCACGGAGACAAGCAUCGACUUCAUUCUGGAUUUGGUCCGACGGGCGGAGGAAAUAUCCAAGCAGACGGAUUGUGGAUGUCAGAUUGAAGCUACGAGGGAGGCUGAACAGGCUUGGACAGAGCUGAGUAGAUCAUCCACAGCGGGGACCCUCUUUGAGAAGGUUCCAUCGUGGCUACUUGGGAGCAAUAUCGACGGGAAAGCUCGGUCGGCUCCCUUCUACUUUGGGGGUUUAGGGACCUUUAGGGGCCGACUGGCUGAUAUCAAAGCGCGCGGGUUCGAGGGAUUCCAGAGUCCAUUAGGUCCUUCAACUAAACAGGCACGACUGUAGAUACAUCAGAUUCAUAGGAUAGCGGAUAAUGCUUUAUUGGAUCUCUUGGAGUAAUAAACACGUUUCGGGGGACAUGCCGGAGGUAUUCGUUGUCCCGAUAAUGUAAACACGAGCCGUGUGAGACUGGCCCUUUGGCUCAAUGAUAAAAGACAAUGCACGAGGGCUCGCAAAUCUGAUAAGUCCAUGACAACCUUUGGCUACUCUCCGGCGGACUGAAAGGAAUAUGCUGGGAUAUGUCCAAUAAAUACCCUCCACGACGCAAAACACGAAAGCUUGAAUUACAAAAGAGGGAAGAGAAACAAUUCACAAGGCCUAGCAAGGAGUAACAUUCUGUGGGUCUGUAGAGGGCCCUAGACAUUCACCUGAAAGCUUGGGGCAACGCCCUGUCGAGAAUAGUUUCUAGAUUCAAUCGAC